GCGUAAAACGUCAUUGCGGUGAAAUUGAAGUGCCAACAUGGCGUUUACCUUGUAUGCACUGAUUCAAACGGCAGUUUUGUUUACAAAUGCGAUUGCUGUACUACACGAAGAAAGGUUUCUAAGUAAAAUUGGGUGGGGAGCAGAACAGGGCAUUGGUGGUUUUGGAGAUGACCCAGGAAUUAAAGCACAACUUCUAAACCUCAUCCGAUCGGUCAGAACAGUCAUGAGGGUGCCUUUAAUAAUAGUAAAUUCGGUGUGCAUCUUGUUACUGUUGCUAUUUGGAUGAAGAAAGAUGGACAUUCAACGUGGAACAAGAUCUGGCAAAAGGAAAUGGACUGUUUUUUGUACAUGUGAUUUAUGUAUUUGUUGCUUUUAUGUCUCACUGUUGUAUCCCAAAUGUUUCUGGGAUUCAUCAGGUGAUUGUUUCCUACUCUUGUUUACUACUCCAAAGUUUUAUAUCUCCAUCAGUACAUCCAAUAUUAUUUUGUAUGCUUUUGCUCAAUAGAAAUAUGGCUUUUAGGAGAGCUCUUCUAACUGCUGUUUACACAAUUCACUUUUAAUAUACAAUAUAAAAGUUCUUGUUCACUUGCAUUGUCCCUGGUAUCAUGUAUUUCUGAACACGUGUGGGCAUGUCAUCUGUUAAUCAUAAAACUCUUAAACCACAAGUUAAAAUUUUAAAAUGCCCCAAAGUGUCCAAAAUGUUUAGUACAAUUAGCUUAUACCUCUGUGAGCUAGUUAGAAUAUUUAUGAUUUCAAUAAAUCUCAUAUUUCAUUUC